CUAGUAGUAGUAGUCGUACAGAGCCGCGACGGCGCCGUAACUAAGUAAGGACUCUGGUGUUUGCCGUUUUACGCCAGCGGCAGUUAAUAUUGUGAAGGCUAUCUUUCAGUUUCACUCAGAGCUUUCCUGUUUCCACUUAGAUGAAAGAUUACACUAAGGAAGUGCGAAGCACUUGAGCUGCAUGGUUUAUUCGAGUUAUGUGCAAGUUAUGGUGAUGAGUCUGGCCGGGUUCAAGAGUAAUGGAGUAAAAUAGAAGCGUGAUAUCUUACAUGUCUGUUCAUCAAAACUAAAGUAAGGCUUUUAGCACAACCAGCUACUUUCUUGACGAGGAAGGGUUAUGUUCAGAAUUUAUGACUAUAUCAUUGCCUAACUUCAAAGUACAGCAAUGGAGACCAUUGAAAGUUACUGGCACAACUCGGUAUCACAGCCUUUGCUAGAAGUGGAGCGCACACAGCUAAAGAACCAUUUAUUAGAGAAGCCUUGUCUACAUACAAAGUUUCUGCGCUCAGUGCAGACUCUUGACCUCAAACCUCAGCUGAGUUCUAACAUCCUUGGAACAUCUGAUAUCCUUAACACAGCCAUGAAGGCAAAUGCACACAGUGGCUUAGCAUCCCAAAAUAUCACAAGAUCGGGGAAGCUGGUGAAACCAUUGCGAGGCAUAGCACAAUCGACAUGCACGACACAAAGUCUAAAUCUCAAACCUCAACUUGAAUUGAGCCUCUUGGAACCUGCAUCUGGAAAUGAAACUGUCACCCGAAAGCGAAAAGUUAUGAAUCGCCCAGAAUCGAGGAUGAUCGUAAAGCGGUCCACUCUACACUUUGUGGAGAGCAAACUUAUUUCUACAGAAAAUAAACUGUUGAAUGCAUAUGGUCUACAGAAUAAACACGUUUCACCAGCACUGAAGACCAAGCAGAUGUUAUUGUGUUAG